CUUUUGCACUCGUGUUCGUACGUAACGUUCUUGAUCAGAAAAAAGCUCGUUUAAUAAAAGUGAAGUCUGAAAAGGAAGUUAAGUUCACAAGGUUGUUGUAGUUGAAAUCAAGAUUCAAAGCUCUUGAAGAUGGUUGAAGAAAAGAAGAAAAUUUCAGGAAGAUCGGUUUCGCUUCCAUCGAUAGACAUAUUAUUAGACGAGAAACCAGGUUGGCCUUUUCUUAAAAGAGCAACUUUAGGGACACCACAAGUUCACCAAUGGCACACACGAAAAGUCUCAGUGGUCAAUUGGGUCAUGAGCUUACCUGAACGGUUUCCAAGUCAUCAUCAUCAGACUCUAAACUAUGAGACAAGCUUGAUCAAGAAACAAAUCAAGGACAUAUUGAGAGACAACAAAAAAUGGUUCAACUACAAUGUUCUUAAGAAAGCAACAUCAGAUUUCUCUCAAGAGAAUGUCAUUGGGAAAGGAGGAAGCAACGAAGUGUACAGAGGGAUACUUGAAGAUGGAAAAGGCAUUGCAGUGAAAAUCUUGAAGUCAUCAUCUAAAGAAGCUAUGACAAAUUUUGUUCAUGAAGUCAAUAUUAUCUCUUCUUUGAGUCACCAAAACAUCUCACCGUUACUUGGUGUUUGUGUCCAAGACAAUGAACUAAUCUCCGUUUACAAUCUUUCAAGCACAGGAAGUUUAGAAGAAACCCUUCACGGUAAGAAAAAGGGAAAAUAUGUAUUAUCAUGGGAAGAGAGAUUCAAGAUAGCUAUCGGGUUGGCAGAAGCGUUAGAUUAUCUUCAUAACCGAUGUUCUAAGCCAGUGAUUCAUAGAGAUGUCAAAACUUCUAACGUUCUUCUAUCAGCUGAGCUCCAACCUCAGCUGUCAGAUUUUGGUCUGUCGAUGUGGGGACCUACAACAUCUUCUCGGUAUUCGAUACAAGAAGAUGUGGUAGGAACGUUUGGAUAUCUUGCACCAGAGUACUUCAUGUACGGAAAAGUCAGUGAUAAAGUCGAUGUUUACGCCUUUGGAGUAGUUCUGCUUGAACUCAUAUCUGGAAGACAUCCUAUUUCACCUCAGAAUCCUAGAGGACAAGAGAGUUUGAUCAUGUGGGCAAAGCCUUUGAUUGAUAGCGGAAAUUUAAAAAGGCUGUUGGAUCCAGACGUUACAGAUAUAUUCGACGAGUCUCAGUUUCAAAGAAUGGUACUUGCUGCUUCACAUUGCCUCACAAGAUCCGCCACACACCGUCCCAAUAUCAGACAAAUACUGAGGCUACUAAGAGAUGAAAACGAAGCCGGGAAAUGGAUUAUGGAAGACGAAGAAAAUGGAGAUUGCUUCGAUGACGAGGUUUACCCGAAUUCGAGUACAGAAUUACACUUAAGCCUUGCGAUGCUUGAGGUGGAAGAUGAUGAAUCUGCAUCAAUCAGCAGCAUGGAGAGAAGUAACAACAGCCUUUUUUCUUCUUCUUGUUCAUCUAGGGAGCUUCAAACAUAAGGAGUGCUGCUUUUAGUUAGGGGCUAGGUUAGAGGUUUGUUUCUUUAGUGUAUUAUGGAGUUAACUUGAUAACUUUUUGUUAGUCUUGAGCUCCCUGUUAUCUGAGACCAAAGAAUUCAUACCCAAGAUGAAUCAUUUUUCAGUAACAACUAACAACUAUGCCUUAUCUCAAUUAGGCAUUUUCUCAAAAUACCAUAUAUUAUGUUUUUGUUUUUCCUGAAUUAAUCAAAAUCCAAAAAUUCU